CCUCAUUGGCAUUGGCAAUGAUUAAAUGACAGGGAACCAGUCCUCUGAAACCUCAUACGCACUCCAUGCCGAGCAGACACGCCAAAUACAUAAAUACAUACAUGCAAGAUGGAUAAAAGAAAAGCGUCAUCAUCAGAAGAGUCUCAGUACGGCAGCAAACUGUCAUCCCCAGAAAGCAAACGACUAAAAUCAUCUGACUUCAGAACAGAAGAAUUAAUGGAUAUUGGUCUAUUUUUUGCAGAUAAUCCGAUUACUGUGUUGGAGUUAAAAGAAAAGCUUAAACUUGCACUGGUAAUAUUUCCACAAAAUGACAGAAAAAGUCGUAGGAAUCUUAGAAGUAAAACUGGAGAAAUACCGACGUGUAUAGAGUCACUUUGCAAGUUUACAAAAGAGCAUGUAACUUUUUCCCUGGAGGAUGUUGAUUGGAAUAAGAAAGUAACAUUAGCCCCAAAAUUUCAAAAUGAACUUAAAGUAUUUGAAAGAGAAGCGAUCAAAGACCUCCAGGAGGCAAAAAAACAUUUAAUGGAAUUUUCCGAAGAAAUUCUGAAUGGUGAGACUGAUGAGUCUGGUCUGAUGGCUGACAAACUUGGUAAAAGAAUGUUUUUGGAUUGGUCUAAGAAUACAUCGAGAUUUCUUGCUGAGAUAAAGAAAGUCCUAGAAAAGUUAGGUUUACCAUUGGAAGUACCACCUGAACCAAUUAGAGAUAAAAUUGACGAAGUUAUUUUAAGGGAAAGUGUUUUCACCAGUUUGUUCAUGAAGUUUACAGAAAUCUUUUUCCUACAGCCAGACAUUGGAGAUAACCGAAAGAUUUCUAUAAAGAUAAGGAAUAAGUCUGUUGGAUGUAUUCCUGAUGUAAGAUUUUAUCAACAUAUACAUAAAUCCGAAGAAGGAAGAUCCUGUUUGUUGUUAAUGCUGGCUGAGGUGAAAAAAGAUGCAUUAAAGAUGCAAGAUGAUAAUGAUGACGCCAAAACCCCUUGGAUAGAAAAACAUUUAAAAAAGCAGGUACUUGGACAGAUUGGAUCACAGCUUUUAUCAGAAUGUUGGCACUCUGUGUUUGUUCCUAAGAGUCUAGGUAUUGUUUGCAUGGGGACAGAGAUAAUUUUUCUGUACAUGGACACAGAGUUCAACCAUUAUGAGGCAUUGAUGGCAAACAACAUAACAGACAGUCAUAGGUCAACAAUAUACUACACAAAAUCGUUUGAUAUAAUGAAAAUGGAGUCUAGAAAUGAGUUAGUUGAUUUUUUAUUCUGGUUGGGGUGUUUACAGAUACAAGAUUUUAAUGAAUACUUUUGUGUUUAAGAUCUUAAGGUUAUGAUAGAAAUAUCAUGGUUCUGGUACAGUGAUAUUGUUUGCCUUAAAUUAGUGCAGAAUAAAGGCUUUUUCCCCCAGAGAAGAAUCCCAAUUUGAAAAAAAAAAUGGCGUAAAAUUAUUCCCAAAAAGACAACUUCUUUCCCAAACGGUGCAGUUUCAGUAGUAAUUGUGCACGAAUAUAAACUGAAAGACACUCAUUUAUACAUUUUUCAU